AUGGCCAGCCCAUCGCUGAACUUCAUCACUUUCAACCAGGACCACAGCUGUCUCGCCGUUGGUACCUCCAAGGGCUUUCGCAUCUACCAUACGGAACCGUUCUCCCGAAUCUUCAGCAGCGAUGACGGAAACAUCGCAAUCAUUGAGAUGCUCUUUUCUACAUCCCUCGUCGCUCUAAUCCUCUCUCCGCGCCAUUUGAUCAUUCAGAACACAAAGAGAGCAUCUGUGAUCUGUGAGCUUACCUUUCCUUCUGCCGUCCUCGCCGUGCGCUUGAACAGAAAGCGACUCGCCGUGGUCCUGGAGGAGGAGAUCUACCUCUACGACAUAAGCAACAUGAGCCUUCUUUACACGAUCCCCACGUCUCCGAACCCUACGGCCAUAUGUGCGCUGUCGCCUUCGUCCGAGAAUUGCUUCAUCGCCUACCCGUUGCCCAAACCUCGUGAGGAUUCGGUAUCCAAGCGGCCGUCCCACGCGCCUCCCCAGUCUACAUACAUUGCACCGACGUCGGGCGAGGUUCUUGUUUUCGACACGUUGACCCUCAAGGCCGUCAACGUUAUCGAGGCGCAUCGAUCGCCCUUGUGCUGCAUGUGCCUCAACAACGAAGGGACACUGCUCGCUACAGCCAGCGAGACGGGCACCAUCAUCCGAGUCUUUUCGGUCCCGCGAGGCCAGAAGCUGUAUCAGUUCAGGCGCGGAACCUAUCCGUCGACCAUUUACAGCAUGUCCUUCAACCUCAGCUCUACGCUGCUAUGUGUUUCUUCCGCGUCGGACACGAUCCAUAUAUUUCGUCUCGCGAGGAGCCAUGACGAUGCUGACUCUCCAGGCAAUAGCUUGGCGGAGUCUCCGCGGAGUGAUGCGGCGGAACAUGGGAUGAGCAGCAGCCCUGUUGGGCCCAACAAAGAUGGCCAUCGGAGACAGAGCGGCUCAUUCAGCAACAUGCUCCGGCGCUCUUCGCAGAUGAUGGGUCGGGGAGUCGCUGGCGUGGUGGGCUCGUACCUACCCCAGUCGGUGACAGAAAUGUGGGAGCCCUUGAGAGACUUUGCGUACAUCAAGAUACCCAAAUCUGCGACUGUUGUGGCUAUGAGCAGCAGCAGCCCCCAGGUCAUGGUGGUGACGAGCGAUGGCGGCUUCUACGUCUACAACAUCGACAUGGAGAACGGCGGCGAGGGCUACCUGGUCAAACAGUUCACGGUCUUGGAAGGGGACGACCGGAACGACGCGUCUGCGUAUGGGGGCUAA